GUACUUAUAAUACUUCCGUGAAGGUAAGCUUCGGAUCUUUUUGCAUGUAAGUUACUUGUUCCGAAUCGGUUCAGAUUUACUUGGUAAAAUAGAUCCAAGAGAAGUUUAUCUUAGCGUGUUGGAUUACAAAGGAUAAUGAACGGAGCAAUGGCCAUGAUGUUACAGCGGAGAGACAGUACAGAAUCUGUGGCCUACGACUGAGCUGUGAUCAUGAGCGUGCGCCAAACAAAGAAAGAGAACGCUACAUUCGUUGAACAGAACAAAUCAGAGUUUUGCAAACUCCCACUGACACAGCAUCUAUUGUCGAGUACCAAAUAUGAUGCGUAUUUUAGAUAGAUUUGUGCGUCGCCUCAAUCUCGGAUAAUUUGCGCACAACCAUCAUUGCUCAGCCCAGAACACGGUUAGCUGUUAAUCAAAUGAUCGAACAAAACUAAUAGUAUUAAUUCGUGAAACUGCAAAAGUCAUAAAAGAGAAAGAGAAACGUUUCAACGUGUUCUGAUUUCUGUUUCAGAGACUAGCAGACCAAAUUGGUUAUGAUCAUACGAAACCUAAUCUAGUUAUUGGUAGUCUUUUUUUGGGGCUGAUAGUGUAAACAGUAAUGAAAUUUAGAUGUGAAAACAAUAUUAAUUGAUUAAUUGCAAUAAUUUCUCUUAAAAUUUUGCUAUCUUCUCUUUAAAUUUUGCUAUUGUUUUAAUGCAAUUUUAACAUUAUUCCUCUUUUAAAACAUAAAAAUGUUUUUAUUUUAAUGACGUGAAAGAAAAAGAAAUGUAUUUACAUGAGUAUAUACAUAUAAUUAUGUACAUAUAUUACUUUAUAUACAAGAAUAACGUUACUGUUCUUGAUUGUUUUAAUUUCUUUGAACUUACAGUUUGGAGGACGAUUCUACCGCAGUGGGAAUUGCUGUACGACAUCGUUACUUUUUCCGUCUCUUUUUAAGUCAUUUCUUUCACUUUCUAUCCAUAUUGAAGAUGAUUAUAGAGAUAUUUAAAACUUGUACUUAAUAAAAUUUUACAGUAUACUUGUGCACCAAAUAUUAAAUAUUCUUGAAUUGAAUAUUAGUCAGUAUAUAUAAUUCAAAUUCUGUUUAAUUUUAAUGAAUAACAAGACUAAAAAUUAAGAAAUCAGAUCUGUAUAUCUUAUGAAACUAUAAACUGUUCUGGUAUCCCUAUCAUCACAAAGCAAAAAAGUAAAAGUUGGAUAAUAUUUUUCAAGAAGUUUGUACGAGACCUGGAGCUAAAUAUCUUACAUUACCUGGCAUUCUAGGUGCGGGUCUUCCAAAAAUUACAUCAGAACAACAGGAUACAGUAAAUAGAGCAAAAAAAUAUGCAAUGGAACAAAGCAUCAAAAUGGUUCUAAUGAAGCAGACUCUCGCGCAUCAACAACAGGGUAUAUGUGGGCAGCAUCAGUUUUGAAUUAAAAGAGGAUACGAUUAGGCAAGCUUUCUUGCCUUUUGGUCCUAUAAAAUCAAUCAACAUGUCUUGGGAUCCAGUCACACAGAAGCACAAAGGAUUUGCAUUCGUCGAAUACGAGAUACCUGAAGCAGCACAACUUGCUUUGGAGCAAAUGAAUGGUGUCAUGAUUGGUGGACGUAACAUCAAGGUUGUGGGGCGUCCGUCGAAUAUGCCUCAAGCUCAAUCUGUUAUAGAUGAAAUUACCGAAGAGAGUAAACACUAUAAUCGGAUUUACAUUGCGUCGAUCCAUCAAGAUUUAACUGAAGAUGAUAUUAAAUCCGUAUUUGAGGCAUUUGGACCGAUUACAUAUUGUAAAUUGGCACAAGGCAGCUCACCCCACCGACAUAAAGGUUACGGUUUUAUCGAAUACGAAACAAUGCAAGCUGCGUUAGAGGCUAUUGCAUCAAUGAAUUUAUUUGACUUGGGCGGACAAUACUUACGAGUGGGUAGAGCCAUUACACCACCAAAUGCUCUCAUGGGUCCGCCAAGUGGAACUAGUAUGAUGCCCACUGCUGCUGCGGUUGCAGCUGCAGCUGCAACUGCAAAAAUCCAAGCAAUGGAUGCUGUAGCUAGUAAUGCAGUUGCUCUUGGUCUGACCAAACUCGGAGCAGCUGCUCCACCAAUUUUGAAUCAAGCUUUACCAGGCAUAGUAAGACCCACCAUUGCUCCUGCAACAAUGAUGGCACCACCGACUAUAGCAACCGUAGCACCUGUUAUACCUCCGCCUGGUAUCGCUAUACCACAAACUUUGACUCGACCUCCUGCGAUAAUUCAGCCGAUACCUGGGCAGCCAGUUGUUAUACCUCCUCCAGCUGUUGUAGCACCUACAAUAGUAGGAACUCCAGUCAUACCUGUCACAACUACGACAAAUUCUGAUAUUAUGAGACGAGCUCAGGAACAAGCGGCUCAUCAAAAACAGCAGGAAGAAUUACAGAAAAAAUUGUUAGAGGAGACAGAACCGCAAACAUUGCAGCAACAAGAAAAUAUGUCGAUUAAAGGACAAAGUGCGCGUCAUCUUGUUAUGCAAAAACUUAUGCGCAAAGUUGAAUCUCGAGUUGUUAUUUUACGAAAUAUGGUAGCUCCGGAAGAUGUAGAUGAAAGUUUACAAGAAGAAAUUCAAGACGAAUGUUCUAAAUUUGGAGUUGUAGAAAGAGUUAUUAUAUAUAAUGAACGACAAUCUGAAGAUGACGAAGACGCUGAAGUUAUCGUAAAAAUUUUUGUUGAGUUUUCUCAAAUGAGUGAGGCGGAACGUGCUAGGGAUUCUUUGAAUGGUCGUUAUUUCGGUGGACGAUUAGUGAAAGGAGAAUUAUAUGAUCAAGCUUUAUUUGAUAAUAGUGACUUUUCUGGUUGAUUAUAAAUUACUAAUAAUCUGUUGAAUUCCGUCAGUUACUUUUGAACAAAAGAAUUUAUACUUAACGUUGAGUGAUGUUCCAUGUGUCUACACCGGAAAUGCUAUGUCUUAUCAAACUUCGAUAAUUAUAAUCUAUCUUCUGAUUAAGAAGUUUAGCUAUUUUUAAUUUUUGUUUACAUCAUUUUUUCUAGACUUAAAAUUAGAUCAAUCAAAACUACUAUCAAUAUCUAGUAGAAUUAUAUUUUAAAAGGUUAUUUCAAAAUAUAAAUUGGAAGUUAUUGGAUAGUCUUGCUCAAUGAAUCACUAUUAAAUCAACACUUCUGUAUAAAACAUUUUAUUUAAAUUCAGUAGCAAUAUUGUUAUUUUUGUUCAGAGAAAUUUAAUCGGCAACUUGCAGAAUAUAAGUGUGCAGAAAAGAUAUAGGAUAUUAAUGAAUUGUUUUAUUCAUAGACUAUAUACAAAUAAUAUACAUAUAAAUAUAUGUCAUAAUACAAGUGUAUGUUAUAAUAAAGUUUGUACAUAUUUACUAGAUAUGUCAUUAAUUUUAACAUACUGAAAGCAUAUAUGUAAUUAAAUAAAAUUAAGACAUUUUAUUUACAUUUAUUUUGCUUUUGUAUCAUCUUUUUUGUUAUAUUUUACCUCAUAGUCUUGAUUUAUAUAAUCAUCAUAAGUUGGAAAUGGUUUAUGUUCUCCCUUGCUAGUUAAUUUUACAUCUUUUGUUUUAUUAUUUGAAUAUUUUGCUUCUAUUUCCGCAGCAUUUUGUUUUUUAAGCAUUUGUAAUUUGUAAUUUUUCUCUAUUUCUUCUUUCGUUGGCGGAUCUUUUCUACGAAACCUUAACCAUGCCUGCCAUUCUACAGGUACUUCUUGUGCAUGAUCCUCUUCAUUUACAGGUACAAAAUAUCUAGAUGGAUGUUUUUUCAUGGAAUUUGGUCUUUCAAUUUCGUAAUACUUUGUACCAAAAUAAUCUUCGCCAAUUAGCUUAUGUCGGCUUGGUUUAAAUGUUGCAAUAAAAUUUUUUAAAAACAUUUUCAACAAACUUCGUUCUUUUCCAGACAUUUCAACUAAAUAAUUACAAAUAAAGCUUAUUUAGCUUUGAUUAAAUAGUAGGUAAUUAAAAACGUAUAUUAAUUACUUAUACCAUAUAAAAUUUGAUACACAAAAAUUUUUUUUUAGUAUGAAGAAUUAAAUAUAAACAGAGGAUAUUUCCCACACGUGUUCAAAUAUACAUGCAGAUAAAUACAAAUAAGUAUUUAAUUAAAUAAUGAAAAUAGGUUAUACCGAUUACUGCACACAAUGCAUGUACAUAGUAGGAACAGUGAAAACUGAUAUUUUUGCGAGUUACGUUGGUAAUCUUGAAUCUGAAAAAAAGAAUCACACAUAAACGAUUUUACGUUUUCUGCUGUUGUAAAACAAGUUUGUUUCACAACAUUUAAUAAGAUUAUGUAUUCAGAAGGCUUCCGCAACUGCAGACGACGCGUCGUAAAAUCAAUUCCAUAAUUAAAUAUAACGAGUGCUUAAUUUUCACGUGUGCAAAACGAUCUGGUAUGCGAGACUAUCGAUAGACAAAUCGCAAAUUUUAUCGUUAUUAACUCGAUAGGAGUUAGCUGGAGUUGACUUUGGGAAACGUACACAGGCAGACAGACAGGCACAUACACACACAUAUGCAUUGCUAUCAUUUGAGAUUUUUGCAAAGUAGAUUGCACAGUUGGACAAAAAUGUGUUUAAGAUGCAUUCGUAAGUUAGAGGACCUCUUACAGAAUACGGGCACACUUGCCGAUUGAUUACGUCACUUCCAGGCGUGGUACAGUAGAAUGUGUGAUGUGUGUGUGUUACUGAAAAUGGCCGUGUACGUGCAGGUCUGUCUAGUUUACUGAUUUCACGCACGAUAGUUUUCACAUUCUUUCGAAAAUUCGGAUUUUGAACAGCGGAUUUAUUUGAUGAUACGUGCAGUUAGUGAGAACGUGGAAUCUAAAGAUUUUGGUGGAUUAUCGAUGAUACAUGUAAGUCGAGACGAAGUGUGCCUGUUUCGUGAACGGUAGAUCACGAAAAGAGAAGCUUGAUAUAUAUUAGAAGUAGAAAUACAAAACUAUCAAUGAUGGGUUUCGUUUUUUGUAUUACUAUGUAUUUAAACAAUAUAUUUGCUAACUAAUUGAUACGUUAUCAAGAUGUGGGAGAGAUUUGGUAUAAUCCCUUGGUAUAAAGCAGGGAUAUAAGCAAAAUAUAUCUUUUAGAAUGUUUUCUAUUCUAGUAGAAAAUAUAUUAAAAUAAUGAAAAUUAUGCAAAUGUAUAUAUAAGAGGAAGAUGAUUUUGUGCACCUUAUAAUAAUUUCAUAUAACAAUGAAUUAUUUAAGUGCUAUAUAAGAUUUAUAUUUAACUUCCACAUAAGGUAUAUAUUUGUUGUUAAUGAUAAAUAUUAUUGAGUUUUAUGACAUAAUGUAAUAGAAGUAUAACUUUUAUACAUGCAAACAUAUUAAAUAAGAAUUGCAAAAAUGUCAUUCUUAUCAAAUUUAAAAAAAGCAUUCCACUUUGGUGGAAAUGAUGCGAAGAAAAAGAAAUUGUACAAUAAUAUUAAAAUGGAUUGCAAUCCAGAAGAAUUCUGGGAAAUGAUAGGUGAACUAGGCGACGGGGCAUUUGGAAAAGUUUAUAAGGCACAACAUAGGCAAACUCAUCAACUUGCUGCUGCAAAAAUGUGUGCAUUGGAAGGAGAAGAUGAUCUUAGUGAUUUUAUGAUCGAAAUAGAUAUUUUAUCAGAGUGUAAACAUCCAAAUGUUGUUGAAUUACAUGAAGCAUAUUUUAUUGAGAGCAAACUAUGGAUGUUAAUAGAAUAUUGUGAUGGUGGUGCUGUUGAUUCUAUAAUGGUUGAAUUGGCAAAAGCUUUAACAGAACCACAAAUAGCUUAUAUAUGUCAACAUAUGACGAAAGGUCUUGCAUUUUUACACAAAUCUAAAGUUAUUCAUAGGGACUUGAAGGCAGGAAAUGUUUUAUUAACAAUGGCAGGAGGAGUAAAGUUAGCUGACUUUGGAGUAUCUGCAAAAAAUAAGCAUACUUUACAAAAACAUGACACAUUUAUUGGAACACCAUAUUGGAUGGCUCCAGAAGUGGUAUUAUGUGAGACAUUUAGAGAUAAUCCUUAUGAUUUUAAAGUAGACAUUUGGUCGCUUGGUAUUACCUUGAUAGAAUUUGCGCAAAUGGAACCACCAAACCAUGAAAUGUCUCCAAUGCGCGUUCUUCUUAAAAUACAGAAAAGCGAUCCACCAAAACUUGAUCAACCUGGAAAAUGGAGCAAAGAUUUUAAUGAUUUUAUUGCAAAAGCUCUUAUAAAAGAUCCAACAUCGCGACCUACAGCUGAUGAAUUGUUGAAACAUUCGUUCAUAAAUCGUAAUUUGGAUUCAAAACCAAUUAGAGAUCUGUUAUUGGAAUAUAAAGCUGAUGUUGUUGAGGAGGAAUUGGUCGAUGAAGAAACAGAGUUUCUGAAAAAGAAAAUCUUAUUGCAUCACCUGUGUCAGCGAAAAAGGAAGAAAGCCAUAAACGAGAGAUUAAUAGAGACGGUGAAAAGGAGGAUAGAAACAAGAAAUUACGUAAAGCAGAAUCAAAAGACAAUAUACUUGUUUCUGCUGAGAAAAAACAAGCACCUAAACCUCCUAGUACAAACGAAACGAAUGAACGUAGAGUAUCUCGAGAAAAAGGACCUGCGCCUCCUCCACCACUUAUGCGUCAAAAUAGUAAGAUUGAAGAUAAAGAAAAUAAUUUAAAAAUUACGGAUAAACAAAGUGACGUAGAAGUAUUAAACGAAUGCAAGAUCACUGAUAAACAACAAAGAGAGAAAAACGAAUCGUCUCAAUUAGGUCAAGAAGUGGUAGGCAAUGAGCAAACAAACGUAGACACAUUUCCCGAAAAAACAAAUGUACUAGCUAGCCUAGAAAAGAUUGUAUCAGAGAAUAACGAAAGGGAAAAGAAUAAAAUAGAUGAUGUGAACAAAAGUGAUAUCAGGCAAAGAUCUGUAAAUGAUAAGACAAAAUCAUCGAGAACACAAUUGUCGUUAGAAGAGAAACGGAAAUCGGCACCAGUUAAAUUAGAGUUGGUUGAAGACUGGACGAAACCAGUAUUUAACAAACAAUCGUCUUUAGAAGAAAAGAACAGAAUUGAAAAGAAAACACCAAUUGAUAUACAAGUUAAAAGACAAUCUUCGGGAGAAGAAAAUUACAAGAGCUUACAAGAAAAACGGAAAUCUGUAGAGCAAAAAUUAAAUGCAGUUCUAGAGAAACGAUUUUCGAUGGAUACUGAAAUGCAUAUGAGCGUUUCUUCUAUGGAGACAUUGUCUCAACGAGAAGCUUUAACUACAAGCGCCGAAAAGAACAUUAUUAAAGCUUGUUCCACUGAAGAUGUUAAAACCGAUUAUGGAAUGUCUAAAUCAGAAUCUGUUGUUAAAAGUCAUAGCGAAGGAUCUUCCAGACAUGUUUCUUUGGAAAACUUUUCCGAUGAAUUUGACGGAAAACGGGAUAACAAAUGGCGAAGUAAAGGACAUAAUUACGAAAAUACAAUAAGUAACAGCGAUAGCGUAAACUCUGAGGAAAAAGGUUCUUCCGUAAAUGUAUCAGUAAUCACAUCAACUCCCAUUAAAUAUGCUUUGAGAAGAGACAGUGCUGACAAUGUAGUCGUCAUUACUGGUAAAUCCGACCAAGAAAUACGUCCGAACACAUCAACCGUCCGAAUCACAGCAGAUAGUCCAGAUUUAUCGAAUAGUCUAGCGAGCAACGUUAGUCAAGUAACUGUUGUAACGACCCAUCCUCCGGUUCUUGUCGAUGCUGUAUCACUGGCAGCGAAUUCUUCUUGUCGUCAACCUCCGACAUCGGAAGUUGUUAUUGUUGCGAAUGAAUUAAAUAAAACACAAGUGAAUGAAAGCUCGACCGAUGACGAUGGAUUCACUAGUUUAGAUAGUUUAGAGUACAUGCCCCAGGAGCAACCGAUAAUUCUCACAGACGUCUCUAAAAGAGUUGGCAAGAAGCUAGACGAAUCCGAAGUCCUUAUUGUAAGUCCGAUCGUAGACGAAUUACAGGAUACUAGUCAUGUUUCUGUUGUUACUGUCGGUGACGACAAGGAACAGGUGAAAGAUUCCUCAAUAAUUAAUAAACAAGAAGCCGUACGAACUUCAUCUCACAGUGACGCAAGUUUAAUUGAAAUGUCGAGUACAAAAAGCGAUAGCGGGGAUGAAAUUAACAAAAUGAUAGUCGCCGGGACGACCAUAGAAUCUAUAGAUAUUGAUGAUGUGGAGAGAAAUUCGAAAAAAAUGAAUGGUUUAUUAAAGAACGACAAGUCUGCGAUUGUCGGUCGUAUCGAUGAGAAAAUGUUACAAACGCUCAAACAGAAAGAGGUAAAUAAAGGAUACAAAGAAAAAAGGGUAUCUCCGGACAGCUUCGAAGGAUCUAGAUCGCAGAGUGAGUCUGGAUCGACAAGAUCGCACACGCCUAGUAAAAGCAUAGAUCGUUCCGAUGCUGAAUCCAUUUCUACCACGAUAAGUCAGGACAGCAGGGAGUCGAGCAAGGAAAAUCAUUUAAGUCAGGGGCAAUCGACGGAGGUGGACGAGGAAGUAGUAUUGCGACGGAAGCCUGAUUACAAUCGUGACAUACCACGACCAGCAAGAACGAAAGAGGACAUUCAAAUGAUGAAUUUGAAGAAAAAGACAAGGAAGCGAACUAGGAAAUUUGAGAUCGAUGGUGUCGUAGUUACCACGACAACGUCGAAGGUAAUUUAUGGCGACGACGAGAAUGGUAAAGUUUACGACGACCAAAUCUUCAGGAAGCAAGAGUUAAGGGAAUUGAAGAUGCUACAGAAAAUGGAGCAGAAACAGUUUCAGGAUUUGUCGCAGAAGGCACAGUUUAAUAAAGACCAGCAAGAGAAGCGUUUUGAGCAAGAGAGGCAGCUUCUGGAAAGAAGUGCUGAAACUGACCUCGAGACACUUGCUCGACAACAGAGGCAACAGAUCGAACGAGCGGAAGCGCAACAGGAGGCCGAUCUUAGGCUUGCUUCGAAAAAGAUUCGCAGCGAGCAAGAAAGAGAAUUGAAACAGUUCCGUGAGGGAUUGAAGCAGGAGCUAAAAUUACUUAAACAGGAGGUAGAUCUAAUGCCGAAAGAUAAGAGGAAGAGCGCGUUCAAGAUACGGAAAGAGAAAUUGGAGGCUGAACACGAAGAAAGAGAGAAACACUUUUUAGAUAAGCUCAAUGAAAGUCAUGAACUAUUGUUGAGAAGAUUGUCCGAUAGUCAUCGUGAAAAAAUUGCGUUAAUGGAGAGACAAUUUUUGCAGCAGAAGCAACAAUUGAUGAGAGCUCGAGAAGCAGCCAUUUGGGAGCAAGAAGAACGGCACAUUCAUGAGAAGCAGCAAUUGUUGAAGAAACAGUUGAAGGAUAUUUUCUUUUUGCAAAGACAUCAAAUGCUGAUACGUCAUGAAAAGGAAUUGGAGCAAAUGAAGAGAAUGAACCAACGAAAGGAGGAGGAGCUGAUUAAACGACAAACGGUGGAACGUAGAAACUUGCCGAAAAGAAUUCGCAACGAGAUGAAGGCGCGCGAAAUGAUGUUCAGAGAGUCUAUGAGGAUCUCCAUGUCGUCGGUCAUCGCGCCAGAUCCUGAUGCUGAAAGGGAGAAAUUAAAGAAGUUUCAAGAGAACGAGAAGAAACGAUAUAGAGCCGAACAGCAAAGAUUUGAACUGAAGCAUUCGCGUCAACUGGAAGAGGUGAGAGCGCAAAGCGACGCCACAAUCAAAGAAUUGGAACAAUUGCAGAACGAAAAGCGGAAAAUGUUGAUGGAACACGAAACAUUGAAACUGAAAGAAUUAGAAGAGGCAUACAGUAAAGAGCUUCGUGAAUGGAAAGCGCAACUCAAGCCACGAAAGCAGAAGUUAGAGGCUGAGCUGACGGCUGAAAUGGAAGUAUUGGAAGCUCAUUACCGAGACUAUUUGCCCUCGAGUCGUAGUGGUUUCUCUUCACCCUCUUUAUUCGUAGAUUAUUCUCUCUUUAAUUUUGAAAGUUGGAAGAAAUCUCCGCGUCUGCCUCGCUCAACUCCAACGUCUCCCUCCCCAUUUACCAUUCCACGGGUGUCUCUAAGAAUUGGUGGUUCGGACACCGGUUCCAUUAAUGGCAUGCUACCACGAAGUCAAUCCAAACCAGACCUGACACCAUCUCCAUCUCAAACUGGAAGAGCAGUUUGCGUUACAAUUGGAGGAGCAAGAGGCGAUCUACGGACCAAGCGGCAUACCAUUGUGCUUACCAGCAGAUCUUACCGAUUUAACACAUCAUACUGUUGGCUCGACACGUAGUUCACUUUCUUCGGUGAGCGAGGGUUAAUGUCUAAGUUAAUCUCUAUCAUCGAAUUCUGAUUCUUUCCCUGUAAGAAUGGCAGACGAAUCAAGAUAAUGGAACUGCGAACGUCGAGAUACGCCAACCCUUUGCACGUCUAUUCGAUUUGAAACGAUCAUCGACCAGCAAUUCGUUUUGGUUACGAAUAAAAUCUAUAUAACACGAUGCAAGGCGCACAAAGUGUGUCGAUCCUUUAAUUUGAUAACGAUGUAAAACAAUUAAAGUAUCAUCACAGUAUCACUGUGAUUUUGCAGCGUCACUUUGCAACGAUAUACAUACACAUGAUCGAACUGUGAAACAACAAACUUUUAACAUUUUUUAAGAGAGAGAGAGAGAGAGA